AUGGAACCAAACUCUCCACCAACCGAAACAUCGCCAAACGAAAGAACCUCCCAUCCUCAAGACUGGCGAUUCUGGGCCGUUUUCCCAGGCCUAUGUCUCGCAUCCUUUCUCUGCGCACUAGAUUCCACCAUCCUCUCAACAGUCCUCCCAACCAUAGUCAUGGAGCUCAAACCCUCCUGGAAAACCGUCUGGAUGAUCAAUAGUUACACCCUUACUUUCACAGCUGUUCAACCAAUCUAUGGACAAUCCGCAGACUUGUUUGGACGGAAAAUAUGUAUCAUCACAGCAAUUAUUCUUUUCAUCAUAGGCAGCGGUAUUUGUGGCGGAGCAAAGAACACUGAUAUGUUGAUCGCUGGCCGUGCAGUCCAAGGACUUGGAGGUGGUGGUCUGAGUAUCCUGCCUGCGAUGGUUGUGUGCGAUUUGGUGCCUUUGAGGGAGAGACAGCAGUAUACUGGGAUAGUCUACGGGGCGUUUGCAGUAGAGACGUUCAUUGGGCCGGUUAUUGGGGUGUGAUGGCUGAUCAUAUUGGUUGGCGCUGGGUGUUUUGGUUGAACCUACCCGUUGGUGGUUUGGCUCUAGGUCUGGUCGUUGCAUUUCUGUGGUUGAAUGUUGCUCAUGCAGAAGACGAAUCAACAACGGCCUGGACUUGGAAGCAAGUUGCACGAAUUGACUAUUUGGGUUGUCUCUUCAUGAUGGGUGCCGUCACGUCGAUUCUCAUUGCCAUAUCUGGUACUGGUUCGACGUCGAUGGGUUCAAGGAUUGAUUGGAGGUCAUGGGAAACGCUUGUUCCUCUUUUGCUUGGGAUACUAGCACUUCCCUGUUUUCUUUUCCUCGAAUCAUUUUCUUCGAACCCAAUGACGCCGCUUCGGUUAUUCGCUUCGAGAACAUCAACACUUGCAUAUUUUCUCACCUUUCUCCACGGUAUACUCUUAUACUGGGCCAGUUAAUUCCUUCCAGUCUACUUCCAAGCUGUUAAGGGGGCAUCUCCACAGCAAUCCGGUAUCAACACACUUGCAGGUGCAAUCCCAAUGGUCCCCUUUGGUAUACUAGGUGGAUUCAUCAUUGCCCGGACAGGACACUAUCGUCUGAACCAGCUAUUCGGAUUUGGCCUUGCCGCACUCGCCAUUGGAUGUUUCAGCAUCCUCGACCAACACUCCUCAACCAGCACUUGGGUCCUACUCCAGAUAGUCCUCGCUAUGGGCGCCGGCAUCGUCCUCACAGCUCUGCUACCAGCCAUCCAAGCUCCCCUCGCUGAAUUCGAUGUCGCCUCAGCAACAGCAACCUGGGGUCUUGUGCAGAGUCUUGGAUUCCUGCGCGGAGUUGCGAUGCCAUCUAGUAUUUUCGAGAAUAGAUUUCUGGCUAUCAUCAACCGCAUUACCAACGUCAAUGUACGAGACGAGCUUCGUUUAGGUGGAGCUUACGCACAUGCCUCCAACGCUUAUAUAUCGUCACUGGACAGCAGAACACAGUCAGAGGUUAUCGGAAUUUUUGUUGCAAGUCUGAGGUUGGUAUGGGAGAUUGGCGCUGGGAUUGCGGUGCUGGGAUUUGUGGCUUCUCUUUUUUUGAAGGAAGUAGAAUUGCGAGAGACUUUGGAGACGGAAUAUGGAUACAAAGUUAAAAGUGAACAGUUGAUUCUAAAGGAAGACGGAUAA